AACUUCCUGGCUCCUGAUGCGUACGCCUGGACCACAUUCGCUCUCCCUUACCAUGAUGCUGUGAGACCCAACGGCCCGCCUCUGUACUCCCAGAACCGGGCGGAGUGGGAGAGACAGGCGAGGGAUAUAGUGGACUACUCCGCUAGCCUCUCGGAUGUGCCCAAGAUGCUGGCCGAAUUCUGGGCGGACGGGCCCGACACCACGGCUCCUCCCGGGCAUUGGUACAAAAUUGCCAUGGACGCCUGUGUCAAUGAGAGGCUCAGCCUUGUGGAGACGGUCAAGGUACUCUUCCUGGUGGGCCACGCCCUCAACGACGCGGGUGUCGCCUCGUGGGACGCCAAACGCCAUUUCGAUUUCAUCCGGCCCAUCACCAUGAUCCAGUGCGGCUUUGGCGGCCAGACCGUGGAUGCGUGGGCGGGACCCUAUCUUGGCGUGGGCACAGUUUUUGCCUCCCAGUGGCAGCCCUACCAGGCCACCACAUUCGUCACGCCCGCCUUCCCGGGCUACGUCAGCGGCCACUCCACCUUCAGCGCAGCCGCUUCGUUGGCCCUGGAGAAGUACUUUGGGAGGGAGUACCUGGCGCCCAAGUGCCACUUGAUUCCCGAGGGGGUGAGCCUGUUUGAGAGGAGGAUCGACGCUGGGAAGCCGGGGUACAUUCCUGGUCUCACGGAUGUUCCCAACAAUGGGCCGCGGACAAAAGGCUACGCCCCAGGCACAGAUGUUGUGCUCUGCUGGGAGCACUGGAAAGAUGCCGGCCUGGAGUCGGGGAUCUCCCGCUUCCACGGCGGCAUCCACAUCCUGGCGGACCACGUGGAUGGCGUCGACAUGGGCUAUCAAAUCGCCGAAAUGGUGUUCCAGCGAAGCCUGUCGUACUGGGGAGCGUAG